CGCCAGUGCCCGUAUCCCGGCAACGGGCUACGAGGCCUGGGGCUCCCUCUGCCCGCCCAUGCCCCAUAUCCCGGCAACGGGCUGCGAGGCCUGGGGCUCCCCGCGCCCGCCAGUGCCUCGUAUCCCAGCGACGGGCAGCAACUCCCGCCAUGGAAUCCUGCCCAAGUGAGACCUGAUGGGGCCCUGGUGCCUGUGACUCUCCAGGAGUGGGACACCAGGUCCCCGCGCCACUGCACAGCUGCCUCCAUCCCCACACACCCCACUGCUGCGGCCCCUUGGCGUGUGCCACCUGCCCCAGGCCAGACUCGAACACAGAGCCCCACAGACUGGGCUGCCCCGGGCCCCAUUCCGUGGGGCGAAGUGGAGGAUUGGGGGUCCCCCCCCACCAGCGCCAGCUCCAUGGGGCUUGUCUCAGCUCUCCACAGGGCCCUGGGCACGUCAAAGCAGGGCCCGUGGCUCAGGAGCAGGAAGGGCAGUGGGGGGCCAGGGCUGGCGGGGGAGAGCCCCGUGCGGGGCGUGGUGCGCAGCGCGGGCAGCUUCGCCCUGGGCAUGACCCUGGCCAGCCUCUACGGUGCCCUGGUGCUCUUCGCGCAGAGCUACAACGUCUGGUACUGCCUGGUGUCCACCACCAGCCUGGGCGCUGGCCUAGGGCUGGGGAUGGCCUUCUCCAGCAAGGUGCGCGUCACCGUCCUGCUCAUGCUGCCCCACGUCUUCUCCAAGCAGGGGAAGAACAUGCUGCUGCUGGUGGCGCUGGGGAUGGCCAUGCAGGGGCCCUGCACCAACAUCCUGCGGAACUUCGCCCGAGCGGCCCAGUCUGUGUCCUGCGGGGCCGAACUCACCCUCAACCAGACGGCCGAGCUGCUGCAGAAAGCCAGGGAGCCGCUGCUCAGCGCACUGACCAGGAUCAAGGCCAUUGCCCAGAAGGCCAAGGUGGUGGGUGACCGCGUCCGCAAGUUCUUCCGCUCUGUCAUGGACUCUGUGCGGCACGUUGCCCGGGCCCUGCGGAACGUGUGGUACUGGCUGGUGCAUGUGGGUGAGGUGUGCAACCAGGACCUGGGUGCCCCCUACACCAAGUGCCUGCGGCUCUUCGACACGGCCAAGGACAAGUGUGAGCGCGUCAUCCCUGCCCUCUUCUUCCUCUGCUACAUCCUCCUCCUCUUCAAGCCGCUCUGCGGCCUGGCCAAUGCGCUCCUGGUCUUCUGCGUCAUCCCCCAGUACGUGCAGCCCUUCCUGCGCAGGAGAGUCGUGGCCCCUGUCCUGAGGGUGCUGAGCCGCGUGCGCAGGGAGUUUGAGUUCAACAUCUCGGCCGUGCACCAGUUCGACGUCAGCCUCAACUCCACCAAGAGCCUGGCCCAGGUGGCCCUGGACAUCAUGGAGGCUGUUGGCCUGCGGCUGCAGCCAGCCCGAGAGGUGCUGGGCCUCUUCGCACACGUCUCCUCCUGCGUCCUCCUCUACCUGUACCUGCAGGCCCUGCUCUAUCGCAGACGGUACCUGCACGACGACAACUUCGACAACAUCUACAUCACAGGGCGCUUCCUGGCCAUGGACGUGCUGCGGGCACGGCAGGGCAGGCCCACGGUGCUGCCCCUCUCCGCACGGGAGAGCACCAAGUACAUCUGCCCGGGCUCCCUGUUCCUGUCGCGCCGGGAGCGCUUGGGUUACGGCCUGGCCCUGGCAGGCGUCCUACGCCACGUGCUCCUCGGCCUCGCCCUCAUCCUCCUCGACUACGGGGUCUUCUGGCUGCUCGACCUGGUCCGCUACCAGCUGCAUGGCGAGAUCGUGGCCAGGGCCCCCGUGGUGAUGAGCGUCAGUGUGAACGGGACAGGCUACACGGGUGAGAUCUACCGUGACCUGGUCUCUGCGUUCGACGCCCUGCAGCGUGGCAACGUCAGUGUCCUGUCCCGCCGGUGCCGCCUGCGCCCUGCUGAGCCGGACUACCGCACCUACCUGCUCAUCGGACUCAUGUACGGCGUGUGCUUCUUCAUCGCUGUCUUCGGCAGCUAUGUGGGGCGCUUGCGCAGGGUGGUGUGCGCCUCGUAUUACCCCUCCCGCGAGCAGGAGCGGACGUGCUUCCUCUACAACAGCAUCCUGACGCGGCGGACAGGCCUGGCGAGCUCCCUGCUCCGGGCCACGAGGCAGCGGGCGGCCGACGAAGGCCACACCAACCUGCUCCUCAUCCUCGCCUCCAAGUUUCCCCUGUGCGCCUGGUUGGCGCAGAGGAUGGGCGUCCACCAGCGGUACUGCAUGGGUUGUGGGCGCAUCGGGGGUGGGGCCGCCAGCCAGGACUUCAUCACCUGCAUCACCCCUGGCUGCAGAGGGAUCUACUGCAGAGAAUGCUACCAGCUGCUUAGCAACGUCUGCUCCAUCUGCAUGGCCCCCCUGGCCUACCAGGGCGACAUGGACGAAGAGAUCGACUCCAGUGACGAGGAGACCGUGGGGCUCUGGCUGGGCGCCACACGGGCGCUGCGGGGGCAGGAGCAGGAGCAGAGGCGCCAGCUGCGCCAGUUGCUGAGGCAGCGCAUCCGCCAAGCAGUGCAGGGCCAGGGCUCCUGCCGGCGCCUGCCCCAGGAGCUGGCCGCGUGGGUCUGGGCCCAGCUGGAGGAGGAUGAGAGCGGAGACAGCACCGGGGCCAGCACUCCCAGCCCCAUGGCAGCGGCUGACGACAGCUCCAGCGACCUGGACUUCAGCUACCAGGAGCAGCCCGAGGGCAGUGACGGGGAGGGAGGGGCCCUGCCGGGGCCCAGGCCCCCAGAGCCAGGGGAGCUGGAGGAAGUGAAGACGAUCCCAGAUACCAGCCAGUGAGGGAAGCACCAGGAGCCGGACCAGUGCCAAGGAGACAGAUGCACCGUGCAGGUGGGGGCACCAGGCAGAUGGUCCUGCCCCCCAAUGCAUGACUGGCUCCGGCCUGGGCACCAGGGGGUUUCCCCCUGCCUGGGAGCCCGGUCCCCAGGGACCGCGCCAUCAAUAAAGCGCCCUGCGGCUCAGGCUGAUCUGUGCACUGGACUCUCUGUGCCAUGGAGGGGGGCUCUGGGUGCAAGGCCUAGCGUCUGCAGCCCCCCGGCUCUCUGGGGCCAGGGGCUGCUGUUACCCCAGAAACCCCCAUUUACCUCCUGCCCCUGCAGCGCCCCGGCCACCCCCAGCACAGGCAGGGUCCCCCAGGCAGCCAGCCACACACAGACAGGCGCGCCGAGGCUCCCUGCUUCUCCGUUUAUUGUCAAGCAGCCUUCAUUUAAAAAAUAAAAACAACAGCAACCAAAAAGCGCGUGCGGGGCCCGACCCUGGGCCAGCUCCCGCUGACUCGAGUUGUACUUUGGUUUCUUUACACUAGAGAAGUUCAAGUAGCCGAGAUUUCAAGUUCACCAUAAGGCACUUUAAGGCCAGGCCAGGCCAGGCCCCCCACCCCCCCCAAAGGACUGACAAUGACAGCAGACAGCACUGGGGGCGAGGAGGGGGGAGAAAUAUAUUACAUCAUCUCUUUAAAUAUAGAUAAACUCUGAUCUGGGGCUAAUACUCCCCAGGGGCUGGGGGGCGCUGCUGCCAGGGCAGACGGGAAUGUGCAAACAGCAGAGACGCCCCUCGCGGGGGGGAAGCCGCAGCUCGGGGGCGGCCCCUGGGGCUCCUCUGCCUCCGCAGGAGGGGGCGGCCCCCAGCCCACAGAACGGGCCCCCUUCCUUUCCUGGGCCAACUUGCCCACAUAGUGCAACCAGAGAAAGCAGCAAGGAGUGCAGGGGCGAGUGAGGCCCGGCGGGGGCGGGGGCGGCCCUCAGUUAAGGCAUGGAGGUGCGCAGGGCACCCUAGAUCUGCAUUUCCCUGCAGCGGACAGCUGGGGCAGGGGCUCUAUUCCACAAGCUAUUUACAAUGGGGGGGCUGAGAAAGCCGGGGGGCACUCGGGGACACCAGCUGUGCCCCAGGGCACUAAGCACUUUUCCUCCGCCCAGCGCCCAGCCGGGAAAUGAAGACAUACAGCUGUAAAAACCAGGGGCUGGCUCAUGCGCAGGGGGGUGGGGGCAGCACAGCUCUCCCCAGCACAUCCCCACG